UAAAACUAUAAGCGGAAUGGUUGUUGGCACUAAAUACGAAUUGAGGCUUUAGCCCAAGGAUAUGGGCAGUCGUAAUUUGUUGGAAACUAUUACGGGGUGGACGUUAUUCCUGUGCUUUUCUGUGAUAUUAUUAAGUUAUUGUCGUGCUGAAAAGGAUCUCAUUCAAGAUCUUGGUCUCAAUCAUUUUCCAGACGCAACUAAGAUUAAUAUCAGCUUGGAAGAGUACACCAGCAUGAUGAACGUGUACCUUGAAAGCAGAAGAAAUUCUUUCGAUCAUCAGCACAUUCCCAAACUUAUCACAUUCAAUCUUGAACGUCAAGAUUGGUAUAAGAAUAAAGACUCAACAGUAAGACUUAAAUUUCCGAUAUCCGGUACUGAAAGUGAGGUCGAAGUUGAAACGGCUCAACUGAGACUUCUUCUGCCAGCCCAAUCGGAUGGAAGGCAAGCGAUCAGCGUACACUUGUAUCAAAUACUAGGCAAAAGACGGCGAAGAUUUGUGGACGAGCAGAUGCUCUAUCUGUCUUCAAAUCAAAGCAAGUGGAGUGAAAUUGACUUGAGUGCAACUGUGAAAAACUGGUUGGACGGUGAAAGGAACCUAGGUGUUGAGUUAGUUUGUACAGAGUGCGAAUCGACGAUUUAUCCCGUUGAAGCGGCAAUAACGGCGUUGGUCUAUGCAGAGGGAACAAGAUCGAAGCGAUCUUACCAAUCGGAGAGAACAACCGAUUGCAGGAAGAGCAACGGCAGGGAACGAUGUUGCAGGCACGAAAUGCAAGUGGAACUGAAGCAGUUAUCGAAAAGUUUUCCGGCUAUCAAAACCAUCCACAUGCCUGAAGUGUACGACGCCGGCUUUUGCCAAGGCCUAUGUCCAAGGAACUACAAUCACGCCACGAACCACUCCAGGAUACAGAGCUUGAUGCAUCAGAUCGAUAGGAAAAAACGCUCGAAAGAUUCCAAUAGAAAAAUUAUACCGAAAGCCUGUUGCGCCCCCUCCAAGCUCAAGUCUCUAGAGAUUCUCCGCGUCCAUCCGCAAAAACCUGACAAGUUGAUUGUCGAAAAGUGGGACAAUAUGGUUGUACUUGAGUGUUCAUGUUCCUAAAUAUUGCCAAAGAUAUUUUUACAUAAUAUUACGGGUUGGACUGAGCAUUUUGCCGUUUAUUCUUCACUCUUUAUGUUGCUGUGAUAUUAUACAUAUGUGUCGUUGACUAACUAGUCUUACAACUUUUUUGACAUAAACAUGCAUAUUUACCAGAAAAAGCACUAAAUUUCAGUAUCAAAUUUUGAAAUUUAUAUAUAUGUAUUUUUUCUAGUAAACAUGGGCUUAUUGUCAGGGAUAUAUUAUGACAAGACUAGGUACCUAUUUAUGUUUUUUUGUUUGGUCGUUUUUAGUUAAUCAACUUGCAUUUAAUUUAACGCCUAUAAAAGGUAGGUAGGUAAUAAAAAUUCCACCCUGUAGGUAAACCUAUUUGGUAGUUAUUCAAAUUUGACACGCUGCAAACGAUUUUUCGAAACACGAAACCUUUUAUGGCCCAUUGUUGUUUUAUGCUUUUGAGCUUUAAAUACUUAACAUAGUAGCUAACAUGUGAUUCAUAAAUAUAGGUAGUACCUACAAUGCUUUUUUCAAUCACUGUAUGUAUCUAAUUUUAAACUGAUUUUAUGCAAGUUGAUAAAGGGGCAACAAAUUACCGUUUUUGAACGUUUAAAACCAGUGAUUUGUUGCCCUCUAGAAAAUAAAUAGUAUUUAAAAUUUU